AUGGCAUGUUCUGAGUGGCAAAAAAUUGUUACUAAAAUUAAAGCAAUUCUGACCUGGUUCCAACAAAGUUGCGUUGCUAGUGACGAAUUGCGCAAAGCUACUUCUACUGAGACUAAACUUAUACAAAGCGUAUCGACGCGCUGGAAUAGUACUGCUGUACUGGUAAUCAUAAAUGAUAUUCUUUUUCGACACGCCACCGCAGCCCCAAUGCUCAGCAGUUCAGAAAUAUCCAUUGCCUCAUCCGUCCUCCUGAUAUUGCGGCCUUUGGAGGAAGCCACAAAAGAAAUUUCUGCAGAUAAAUAUUGCACAAUCAGCAAAAUUAUACCUUUAGUCCCCGCUGCAUAUUUUCCAAAAUUACUUCAGCAGGUGUCGCAGGAGAACCUGUGGCACGAAAAGUGCAAAAACUGGCUCUGCAAAAAAUUACGAAAAGAAUGGGUUCCAUUGAACAUGUAA